AUGCAGGUCCAGUAUUUUUACAUCUGCUGAGUAAAACGUUAUUCAGUUAACGUGAGAGAGAGAGAGAGAAACUCGCCGGCGAUAGGGUAGAGAGAUUGAGCUCGCGACGGAGCUGCUUUUCACGGAGGCACUUCAACGGUCAAGCCUCAGCCAAACCCACUCUAAGUCGUGCAGAACCCUCAUCCACCACCACCGUCAUCGUCGGCUGAAGCUCGAUCCCGCCACCGCGAGAUGGCAUCGAGGCAAAUGGAAGAGAUUCAGAAGAAACUGGGAAUCCUAAAUUACCCGAGAGCCAAUGCACCUGCUCAGUCCCUCCUUUUCGCCGGCAUGGAACGCUAUUCCCUUCUCGAAUGGCUCUUCUUUCGGCUCUUAGGUGAUAAAUCACCAUUUUCUCAACAAAACUUACAAGGAGAUGCCCUUGAUCGUGAUGACGAGACCCCUCGAAUUCAGUAUUUGGCAGAGAUUGCAAAGUUUUUGGGGAUUACGACAACUGUAGAUAUAGAAGCCAUUCAAGGACAUGGAAGCUAUGAAGACCGAACUGAAAUGCUUCGUCUUAUAGUAGAUCUAGUGGAGGCAACCAUUUAUGCUGAUAAUCCGGAAUGGAGUGUUGACGAACAGGUAGUAAAGGACAUCCAAUUGAUAGAUUCAAUUGCAGAAAAACAAGCUCAAAUAUUUUCUGAAGAAUGUAAAUUGUUUCCUGCAGAUGUUCAGAUUCAGUCCAUAUAUCCAUUGCCAGAGGUAUCCGAGCUGGAGUCAAAGCUUUCUGAACAAUCAAAAAUAUUGUUGAAUCUUCAACAAAAAGUUGAUGACUUGGCAUCUAAGCAUGCUUACAAUCCUGAUGAGGAGUAUACUGAGGUGGAAUCCCAGCUGCGGGCACAUUUGGAAUCUUUCCUAGAAACAGCUAGAACAUUCAAUUUGAUUUAUACCAAGCACAAGCAAUAGGAUUGGAAGAUGGACCAACUUGGGAGCUUGCUCGCAACUUGGUUUAUUAACAUCUUAAUUUGCUGUGUGUGAGGUUAUGAGCUUUCAUAUGUCGACUCAUUAGCUGGUGAGCUGGUUCAAUAUAUGAACAAAUGAACAUUUUUAAAUGAAUAUAUGUAAAAAUUAUAGAAUAUCUAAAUUAUACCAAGCUCAGUAUUAGCUCUUAAGUUUGAGAAGCUCAGGAGCUUAAGGUGACCCAUGUUUGAGCCAAGAGGCUUGACAAUUCCUUCCUCCAUUAUUAACAGUAUACCCAAAAUCGUUUAGUGGGAGUCGACCAUAAAUUGUUCUGAGGAAGCUAGGACACACCUAUGUAGCAGCAGACUAUUUUUGAAUGAUAUGAUGAGGCUAUCGUGGUGUUUCAUGUACACUUGUAUUCCUUGGAAUUAAUGAUCUAUCAUUUCCAUGGAUAAAUAUUGAAGGAGUCCUUAAACAGUCACCCGAAAGUUAAUAACAUGACAUUUAAGUAGUUUUUAAUCUUAACCAUCCAUGGGAGAUUGAAUGAUCAGUGUUUGCUUUUAAUAACAAUGCUCUCACUUUACAUGUA